AACCAUUUUAUGCUAAUCGUGGGCCUUGGGAUCGAUUUUGUGUGUAAAGUAGGAUUUUCCUUAUAAAAUGUCGGAAAGAAAAGUGCUAAACAAAUAUUACCCGCCGGAUUUCGAUCCGUCGAAAAUCCCGCGCGUGAAGCUCCCGAAAAACCGGCAGUACACGGUGCGGUUGAUGGCCCCGUUUAACAUGCGCUGCGUGACCUGUGGCGAGUACAUUUACAAAGGAAAGAAGUUCAAUGCACGCAAGGAAGAUGUGGAAAAUGAAGACUACCUCGGCAUCCGGAUCUACCGGUUCUACAUCAAGUGUACCCGGUGCUUGCAGGAAAUUUCCUUCAAAACCGAUCCACGAAACACGGACUACGAAAUCGAGGCCGGUGCGACGCGUAACUUUAUGGCACUGAAGCUUGCCGAAGAGCAGGCCCGUCGGGAGGAGCAGGAAGUGCGGGAAGAGGAAGCCAACAAUCCGAUGAAGCUGCUCGAGAACCGAACGCAACAGUCGCGGAACGAAAUUGAGCUGCUCGAGUCGCUGGAAGAGCUGAAAGACUUGAACCGCCGGCAGCAGGACAUCGAUUACGAUAGUAUGUUGCAGCAGUUUGACCGCACGGAGAGCAUUCGGGAACGGGAGGAGCGCAUGGAACGACAGGAUGAAGAGUUUAUUAAGUCUAUUAAAUUUCAAAACAAACCUGGCGCCAAACGGAUAGCAACGGAGAUUAUCGUGGAGGACGUGAAGGAAGAGCAACCGGAUGAGUCACCCAGCUCAUCGAACGCUUCGGGAGCGAACGCAUCUACCUCAUCGGCGGCCCUUGCCAACAGUGCCAGUACCGCUACUGCAACACUGACUUCUGGCACUCCAUCGUAUGCCAGUUCGAAGGCACGAAAGUUGGACAGCUUCAGCAUUGGAGUGAAGAAAUCAUCACUGAGCAAUCUUAUUGUGAAGAAGAAACCGGUCACGACGGAUGCGGGGAAAGAGAUGCCAUCACCUAAGGCACCUCCACCGGCAGCAUCAGCAGCCGACAAGCCAGCCGAGGCGGACAAGCCGACUGCUGCGAAACCCGCAACCACGCCCGCUGGUGGUGGAGGCGGUAUCGGAAGUCUGGGACUGCUGGGAGCUUACUCAGACUCGGAGAGUUCGGAUGAAAACUAAGUUCAAACCCGCAAGCUUGCUGCUUUGUUGGCCAGGAUGUUGAAUAAUAAAUGCUUAACGUACA